GUGUAGGGGUAGAAGCCAAACAGCGAGGGCAUCGGCCUGGUCCGCAGCAGACCACAGGCGCGGGUCCACUGCGGCACACUCGGGGCAGCUCGCCUUCACCGCUGCACAUCUGAACUGCUGUCGGCCAUGGAUACCGACAACGAAGAGGUAGCCAUGAAAGAUUCCAGGAGACGAGAACGUCGAGAACGUCAAUCGGGUCCAAUGAAUUUACAUGAUCUUGAAGCGUUGGAGAAUUCCGACUCUGACAUUGGCUUGUGUGGCUGGCUGCUGGUGUCGCUCUCCAUUCUCCUCAUGCUGGUCACCCUGCCCCUCUCCGUAUGGAUGUGCAUUAAGAUUGUGAAAGAGUACGAGCGAGCUAUUAUCUUUCGUCUGGGGCGCAUUUUGCGAGGAGGAGCCAAAGGUCCAGGGCUGUUCUUCAUCUUGCCGUGCACUGACAGCUUCAUCAAUGUGGACAUGCGCACCAUCACCUUCGACAUCCCCCCCCAGGAGGUUUUGACCAAAGACUCGGUGACGGUGAGCGUCGACGGCGUGGUGUACUACCGGGUCCAGAAUGCCACUCUGGCCGUGGCUAACAUCACUAACGCGGACGCCGCUACCCGGCUGUUGGCCCAGACCACCCUGAGGAACGUCCUGGGCACCAAGAACCUGGCAGAGAUCCUGUCUGACCGGGAGGAGAUCGCACACAGCAUGCAGUCCACUCUGGACGAUGCCACAGACGACUGGGGCAUCAAGGUGGAGCGGGUGGAGAUCAAAGACGUCAAGCUGCCCCUUCAGCUCCAGAGAGCCAUGGCUGCGGAGGCCGAGGCCAGCCGCGAGGCCAGAGCCAAGGUGAUCGCAGCGGAGGGGGAGAUGAACGCGUCACGGGCGCUGAAGGAGGCCUCCCUGGUGAUAGCGGAGUCUCCGUCAGCCCUGCAGCUGCGCUACCUCCAGACCCUCAACACCAUUGCCGCCGAGAAGAACUCCACCAUCAUUUUCCCGCUGCCGCUGGAGAUGAUGCAGGGCUUCAUCAAACGCUGAGGAGGAGUCUCAAAACCCUGUUGUUCCAAUUAGCGGUGUCAGGUUCUGUUCAUUUUUCUUUCGAUAAGCCGACACCCGUUGGCAAGUAACCAACUGGUAACAUUUUAAAGUAAAAAACACAUGAAUUAAAAGGGGGGGGGGGGGUCCUUUUCAUAUGGCACGCCAUUGAUUCAAAAAGCUAAGGUGCCGCAUUUCAAGCACUACAUCAGAUUCUAUUGUUUUGCGUUGUAAAUGUCUUUUCCCUUUAUCUCAUCUUCUGUUGCAGAAGGUGUUCAUUAUUCAGUUCACACUCAUUGGCCACGGAUCCGAUACUCGUUCUAUCGGUGGGCUCUUAAUGCUGACGGUGCGCAUCCCUUGUAUACAUGCAACAUCACUACACACACACACACAUUCACGCCACCGUGUACAUUACGUAUGUCUCUGCAGUGCUAAGGUGGUGUUUGUGGAUCCUGUUGAACCAAAGGAGGCCAAAAGGAGCAAACAUCUACAGCUGUUUUAACGAAUCAAAGAAAAAUAAGUUUUUCUAAACAUUUCAAAGGGAAGUGUCUGCUGGAGCUGUGGCCUUACACUCUAUACAUACACACGCAUGCAUACAAGUUGCCAAUACUUUUGUCACAGAUUCGUAACACUUGGCUGAGAUGCUGGAUGCUAUUUAAAUGUUAGCCUUAGAUAACUAGAGUAAAUUAUAAGCUGUAGGUUUCUAGUAUUUUGUCCAACCCUGGUCUGGCUUCAAACUGAGCCAAAAGCCUUAAUUUACUGCCAUUGAUUCAUUUUACAGCCUAAUAUCACAUUUCUAUGCACUAUGAAAUUAACACGAGCAACUCUAUUCAUUUAAGUAAUAUUUUAUUACAUGAACGCUCUUUUUAGUGCAAAGCAAGCCAAAUAUUUAAACCUCUUUAUUUAUCUAACUUUAAAUGACGUGUAGGUGUUACAUUGUUGUUUUGAUAGGGGGUGACUGAGGUGACACUAAACCCUAAAUUGCUCUUUUGUGUAUGGAUGUCUAUCAAUAAGCUAAUAGGUUCAUGCCAGCCUCUGCCAUCAGCGUGUGAACAGGUGAAAGGUGAUGUGUAGUGUUAAAGAGCCAGUGUGUUUACAUAGAGAGGACUGUCUGUGUUACUAUAUAUAUGUAUCUAUGCCAUUAGGUAUAAAAACAGCAGUCACGUUUUCUAUUGUUUUGCUGUGGCUAUUCAGGUUUAAGGCUUUGUUAAAUACAAAGACUGUUACGUUGUUUUGACUCCUGCAUGUUUGAGUAGCUAAAACAGAGAGAGUAUUAUUUUUGCUACAGAUUCAUAGCGAAGAAUCUGGAGUGAAGUUCAGUUCUAUGGUUAGUGAGGAGUUCUUUGACAGAAGAAACUUUUUUGCUAAUUUCUCUUAACAAUUUCCGCUCAUUGAAUUCUGGUAUUUUAUGUUAAUGUUACGCACAUCAAUAUUUUAAGUUUCUUUCAGAAUGUUUUGUGGUAAGUUUCUGUAGCUAAAUAUUUUGUACCGUUUGCGAUUGUUAUAGUUUAAUCCUGACAAUACCAAUAUAUGGACACUUUAAAUAAAGACACUAUCAAAAAGCA